AAGCCCAAUUCCGAAUCCAGCUUUAUAUACCCUUAUCCCUAGACCAUCAAUUGCACCGUCAGUGUUUGCCGUUUUCUUUCAAUAGCUGUUUUUCAAUCAAUCGCUGCUUCCGGAUCUCGUUUACACGCAGCGUGCGCCACCGACUUGGUAGCGAUCUGUUCUGGUUUCGAUCUAUGAACGCUGGAGGGGGACGAUACAUGCAACAAAGACAGAAAAGUAGUAGUAAUCACAAGUCAGGUAUUUUGUAUUAAGACAAUCUUAUUCAACCCAUGUGCGGUUAAAAGCAUGGGUCUCCUCAUGGGUGUGUCUCUUAAGAAUCGAACUUUUGACUUGAAGGGUUCAAACAACCACUUUUAACCUCUACGAUUGACAUCAAUUGGCGGAAGAGGACGUUAUCUGAGGAAGAAGGCUUGGUGAAAUAAGGACGAGGGUGUUGGUAGGAGGGAAGUUGUAGCGGUAGCCGGAGCAAGAUACCACCGAGGCGAAUCAGAGAAUUAGCAGGAGAGAAAAUUCUUGUUUGCUGCGCUCCACCAUUUGCUAUGUCAAAUGCCCCAAGGAGUUUAGUAGGACCUGAUUACUUUGGCUAUUAUUCUUCUGAAGUAGUAGAACUAUUGUCACAAGAUGAGGAUGCUUUUUCUGUUGCUACUCAAACAUCUGAGCUACCUCAUAAUAAAUAUGAAGAGGGAAGAAAGAAGAAUUUAGUUAAUUACAGUGAUAAUUCUGGUCCAUUGUAUAGUAAUGGUGUUGGAGCUGGGCUUUCAGACUUUAAAAAGGACAGAUUAAGAUCACUGCUCAGACAGAGUGUAAAAACUCUUUCAUCAGAAGUGGAUGAGGUGGUAGACCCUGUUCUUACCACUCAACAUUUGCAAUCCGGUCUAAGAAAACAUUCCGUGAAUCAUGCGGCUACUGCAUCUGAUGUAGUGAAGGUUCCUAGUAAAAAGCGAAAGGUGUCUUCAUCAUCCUCUGCACAAACUAGUGAUGUCAAUCCCCAAUGCAGUAAUAAGGUGAGUGACGAUCUUCAGUUUCUAUUGGAGAAUGAUAACGUGGAGGUUGAGGAGAUGGUGAAGAAAUGUUCCAAUGAACUCUCUGAAACACUAGGGUAUAUGGAACAACGACUCGAAUUGCUUCUUGAUGCUGUAACGUCAAAGUGCAGGCCCAUGACCCUUGGUGAGAAGCAACAGCUACAGAAAUUAAUUCAAAAGCUACCAUCCGGAAAUCUUGACCGUGUGGCGGAGAUAAUUUGCCGAAGUAGACCAGCAGAAGAACUAAGUUGUGACAAAAUAUUUGUUGAUUUAGAAAAGGAGGAUAAUGCUACACUCUGGAGACUGUAUUACUAUGUUGAAGCUGUGGAGAAAGCCAAAAGUCUUUCUUGUAAUCAAGAAGCCUAGCUCAGGAGAUCAUCAAAUGUUCUUGAAAGACUGAACUGUAAUUCUGGUUCAUCAGAACUCAUCAAUAGAAUUUUCUUGUCUUCCUAACUGUAGAGGGGGUAGAUUAUAUGUUGUGAUACAGGAAUACUGGUACAAAUGACAUAUCCACUCUGAUAUGCCCACCGAAAAUGUAUAUUUUGAGAAAUUAGUCACCAAAUCAGAGUCGCAUCAUGUUUUGAUACAAGUGUUGAGGUAUCUUUCCAGACAAGUAUAUAAUAGUUAAAUAUGCAUUUUUAACUGAGUAA